GUGUAGUGGCGGCGGAAACAUUCAAACAGUCACCUUACAGGGCUCUCCUGCUCUCACACUCUCACACUCAAACACUCACACACUCCGCUCUCCCACUCUCACACUCCUGGAGCAACAACUCGUCUCACCACUGAUCUUUACCUCGCCAAAAUGGAAGACAUAAGCCGCCGUACAAAGUCAAAGUGUGUGCUAAAUGUUCUUGGGCCCAUUGCCAAUCAGGUACUGGAGCUGAGGAGUAGGCAAGGUGUUGUCUGUGAUGCUACAACAGUGAUCAAAUUAUUGAAGCAGUGUCUGGACUUGGAAAAAUCUUGUGCACUCUUGGUGUCCCGUUUGACUUUGUAUGCUGCGUCUCUAAUGGAUGAUGUGCUCUCAGCAGAGAUCAAGAGGGUCAAAAAGCAGCUUGACAAAGUGACAGAUUCACUCACUGAUGCCACAAGAGAUCUUCAUCGUGGUGAUGUUGGUGUGAGAGACAAUGAGGAGGUGUGGGCAAGUAUUGUAGAGGACACAGAGCAACUAUUAUCAGCAUUGACAGAGGCACUGCUGGCUUGGGAUCGUGCCCAGCAACGUCAAGUUACUGGAGCUCUUGAACACUUAAAGAAAUGUCUGCAUCACUUGGAGCAUACAUGUAGCAUUCCUCACCUUCCUGAUGAAUUCCAGGUCGUAGUAUCUGCAAGUUUGGAUUUGUUCAAUUUACUGGAAGUACGUUGUGGGGAUCUGUACCGACGAGCACAGCGAGAGACUGUGGAACUGUUGGCACUUCAGUUAUGUCACACUCUUCCCUUACUUGCCUCCACCUGUGUUGCUACUGUUACCCAGCCCUUCAGUAAGCACAUCAAGGCAUGCCAUGAGUUGGUGUCAAGUCGGCUACAUGUGCUGCUGACUGACCUUGGGCGCCACGUUACACUCGGGGACGAUAAUUAUGACCUGGAGGAAGCAGGUUUCUUCACUACUUGUGUUGAUAAGGUGCUUGGACUACUUCUGGAGGGUCAGGAUAACAGUAAUAAAUCUGCUAGUGAUAGCACAGAACCCCUCAGUGAACAUAUAAAACCCCUGUUGGAGGAGGUACUCCGACAUGGUAUUGCUGUGGCAUACUGCAGUUCUCCUGACGACAACCACGUUAUUAUGGCUGUAUGUGAAAAUGUUCUUAAACAAAUGAAGGUCUUGGUGUCUUUAGAGCGAACUGGAACUCCUGAUGCUGUAGAUGUGCAAAUAUCUUGUGAUGUGUUGGCUGAUUCUGUCGAGCUACUUGAACAGAAAAUCAACACUGCCCUCAUUCGCCUCAUUGCACAGACAUUUGCAGAUCCUUUGACCCCUUUGCACUCUUUGAUGAGUAUGCUGGGAUCUGAAGUCAGUAAAUUAAACCGCAACAAACUUGAUGCCAGUAUUGCAGACUUGGAUCUUCACAUGGAUGCCAUCUUUCAAAUUGCAGGAUUUGCUACUGCUUGUACUUCAGAUGGUGCAAAAGUGCUGCUCAUUCGGGACAGUCUGUUCACCUUGGAGUGGUUGGAAAGUUGCUUUGUACCGUCUGUAGUAUCUGCCUACACUGACCCUGACCCUAAUUCUUAUGCCCGGGCCAGUAUGCUGGCUCAUCACUGGGAACGAUCUGUUAAACAGCUUUGGGACACGCUCUAUAAUAUCGUGGAUCCAUCUGCAUUCACCUUAGUUACCAAACAAGAAGUACACCAGUUGUGGGCUGAACUAAAGGAACGAAUUUAUACUCAAGAUGUGACUUGGAUUCAUAAGCAAGUGUCAAGAGUGGUAACUCUUGUAUCUGGAAUGUUAGUAUUAAAUGAGAAGAACAGCUUCCUCACAAAUUCACAGACUGAAGACUUAAAACUAGCAAUAAGAGAAGUGAAGCGGAGUGAAGAGGCAGUUGUAGCAUCCCCAUCUAUGCUGCCAUGUCACCGAAGUAUGAUCAAGAGAGUGCAGCUCACACUUACUCUCAUCUCUCGUCUUGCAAACACUCUUAAUGAGGACAAUAUCCAGACAUAUGAGGAAUUCAGUGUCACAGUGGAGCCCCAUAAAGUCCAGAAUAAGUUGCCUUCCAUCAAACUUACAAAAGCAGAAGAGCAGCAGCUGUUUACAUCAAAUAUAGAAGACAUUCCCAUCGAUGUGGCAACACCAAUACAACGUUUGGAACACCAGGGAAUUACUGCUAUUGCCAGAUCACCCUCAACAAUACAAGAGCAUGAAAGCCAGCAACAGAAAUCAUUGAAGAGGUGUUUAAGAUCUAUAUCCAGGCUUGGCGGGGUCCGGGCUAGGGCUGGAAAUCGAAACAUGUCUGGUCAUCACUCGCAGUGUGUGCAAGCUGUAACAAGUGAAACUGUUGGCUGUGAUACUUGUAUUGAUAUCACAAAGUUCCUCAGUCGCUCUACCAACACCAUGUCUUCAACCCGAGCAUCCAGAAGAAACUUCACUCUAAGGGUAAAAGAGAUUAGUCUUGAUAUGAAUGGGGCCUUACAGACAAAAGUUAGCCUGCCUGCUUCUCAUUCAGAACACUCCAUGCCUGAUCAACCUAAGGAGACUACAGCUGCAGGUAUGGAUGCAUUAAUGAAACCACUGGAAACCAGAAGUGAGAUGGCUAGUAACAGCACCCCACAAUUCUCUACCAGUACUGGAGAAGAUUACCAUAAUGAUUCAAGAUUAAGAGAGGUAUCUGAUUUGAUAGCCCAAGAAGACUCUCUUCCACUGCUUCCCCAAAAAAGUUUUGGUGAAGAACUUUCAGGUAUAUUGGAAAACCUGACAUCAUUGGCCAACAACUUCACAACAAGAACUCCACCAUCAAGUAAGAAAAGAAAAUGUCAGUGGGAAAGCUUUGAUGACAAGGAAAGUGCCGACAAAACAGCAAAUCUCCGUGGAAUAAAACUUCAAAAUGCCUCUUUCAAUCCACAAUUCCCAGAAAUUACAUUUGGGGAUGUGACUAAAAUUUUUAAUGAGAACCAGUCACAUAUAGAGGAGGAGACUGGUAAUGACAGUGACAUUCAUGAUCAUGCAGUAUGGCAAGACUUUACAGCUAUCCUUCAGAAAAAUACUUCUAUGAAAAAUAUUUUUGACUUCAGUAAUAAUUUUAACAAUUGCCAAUAUACAAAAACAAUUUCAACAUUUGGGAAGAAGACUCAGUCAUGUGAUUCAGUGACUUAUAAAGACAAGUUAUCUGAAGUUGAAGCAGAUUUAAGCGACACACCAUUUUUUAACCAAACUGUACCCAUAUCAAAGACAUGCUUGUCAAGAAUUUGUAAUUUUUCAAAUCCUGUAGCUGCUCCCUCUGACACAUCUAUUAGCUCAUCAAGUACAUCUGUUGACACCCCCCAAAGACUCCAGGACCUGCAGUUCGUUAAUCAGAGGCUGACAACGCUUAGAUCAACAAUGUAGAACAUGCAUAUACAUACACUGGUAUACCAGUACAGUGGCCCACAUAGUUUCUAUGCAUGAGAUUGUUUAUUCUGUUAACUAGUUGGUAAUUAUUUUAACAACAAAUUCAGUAGACAAUGGACUGGAUAAGGAUCUGAUAUGGUGUAACCAUUUUGAAGUCUAGACAUAACAACACUUGACAAUUCACUUUGGGGCUUUGUUAAAGAACAAAUUCACUCUCCUACCUAACAACAGCUGAAGACCUAAAACAACUAUCAGGGGACAGCUUUAAUCAUUUCCAACAUCAGUAAUAAAGAAAGUAUCCAGAAAAGUAUGGAGAAAAAUACACUUUUGUAGAGAAUGGAUGGGAGCAUACAGAUAACUUAAUUAUACUUUAUAUACAAAGAAUCAGAUUACAAUGGUUACAUGGUAGGUACAGUAUUUGUAUAUUUUAUAAAGCCACUUUGUGACCACUAUAAACAGAAGACUAUGGAAAAUGGAGGCAGCUACAUUAUUUAAUAUUGUGUUCAUUAAGGUUUUUAGGUGUACAUUAGCUACAUAGUGCAGUCAUACUGCAGUCAUUUAUACAAUAUUUGAAAUUUAUGUAUUUUGUAAAUUUCUCAGACUGAUUAGAUUUGUUAUUUCUUUGAAAAAGAUUAAAUGGCAUUGGCAGGCAUUUACAACAUGUUGAAUCAUAAUUCCUUAGAUCUAUCCUAUUAUGAUGCCUAAUUAUCCUCCUAAUGAAAAAUGAUGUAUAAUAAAAGUUUAAAUAAAAUGUUAAAAAAGUUUA